AUGGCUUAUGCUGCUAUGUCUUCACUUAUGCAUACACUGGAGCGUCUCUUGCAGUCUAAAUCACCUUUGAUUUAUAGAAGCUGUAUACAACAACAACUUGUUGAAUAUGCUUUUCAAAGUCUUUCUGCUCUUCAAGUUUUUCUUGAGGAUACUUCAAAGGAAAUCAAAGAUAUUGAAACUUUGAAGAUUAUAGAAAAAAGGAUCAGAGAUAUAGUCUACAAAGCAGAAGAGAGAGUUGAUUCAACCCUUAGAAUAAUCAUUCUAGAAGAUCAACAGAAACGAGAACAAGCUUGUAAAUCCUUCAAUGAGGAAUUGCAAAAAGUGCAAAAAGAAGUUGAUUCUCUAAGGAAAGAAUUGAUGGAGAUUGAGUUUAUCGAGCAUGGAAGCAAAUCUGCAGAAGCAAGUACUUCUACCUCAUCAAAAAGGUAUGCGACCGAGCAACAUACUGUUGUCGGGAUGAAGGAUGACUUCAACACCAUACUAGAUCGUCUCACUGCCCAAACAGAUGAGCUAACUGUCAUACCUGUUGUUGGUAUGGGCGGUAUAGGUAAGACAACUCUUGCUAGAAAAGUUUAUGAUGAUUCAACAAUCCGUUAUAGAUUUGAUAAACAUGCAUGGGUAACUAUCUCUGAAGUUUAUAAUGAGAGACAAAUGCUUCUUGAACUUGUCUCUUCAAUUAGCCAGGGUAGGACUGAUAAAAGUAAUCAGAAAAUGAGCAAUGAUCAACUAGCGGAGAUUGUGUAUAGAGGUGUGAUUGGUAGGAGAUUUUUAAUUGUCAUAGAUGAUCUUUGGAGUACUGAGGCUUGGGAUCAAAUACAAAGAAUAUUCCCAAAUGAUAACAAUAGAAGUCGAAUCCUAUUAACUACUCGCCUUAGUUAUGUGGCCGAUUAUGCAAGCCCUGAUUUUCCUCAUCAUAAUAUGUCUUUUCUAAGUUUUGAUGAGAGUUGGAUUCUAUUUACCGAAAGAUUUCUUAGGGAAGACAUAUGUCCUCACCUAGAUGAAAUUGGGAAGCAUAUCAUAGAGCAGUGCCGAGGAUUACCUCUCUCGAUUAUUGUCGUUGCUGGACUUCUUGGAAAGAUAGAUCCGACCCGUGACAAUUGGAAGAAAGUUCAGGAAAAUUUGAACUCAUUCUUUGGUACG